CUUAUGGAUUCUUGUGGGUUCUCAGCUUUUCAAAUCUGGAUGCGUGAUACAUUUCGUGCCUGCCGUGGCGGAUGCAAGUGUCCCAUGAGCAUGUUUCGACGCUUUCUUUCCGUGAAUGCAGUUUAAGCUUAAGCAAAGACUGGAAGAACUGUGAUAGGACAGCAGUCGUCUCUACCGCUUGAGAUGGCACGCCUUCUUGCCCUGACGCUGCUUGCAGUGGCCAUUUGCUUGCUCCCUGGCUACCCUGCUGGAUUUGUGGCACCAUCCCCUCCUCGUGCUGUUCCAAGGGUGGCUCUGCAGGCCAAGCAAGACUUUCAAGAGACAGAACGCCCAAACAUCCCCGCAGUCGUGUUGGCUGUGUUGGCAGGUGUGAUAGUGGGCUUUGCGCCACCCAGCUUUGCGGGCACUGGUUCGGGCCGUCCUGACUUUCAAGUAGUGAGGCCUGGAUACAUGCAGGGCAUUGACGCAUCCAAUGCGGCAACCAAGCCUGGAGAGAUUGACUAUGUGACCCGAUCUCGCAUUGAAGCGGAACAGUUCCCUGAGGUCCUUAAAGAGAUUCGCAAGACUCAGGCAAAGCUUCAAGAUGCACCCACCAAAGAGCAGAGAAUUGCGAACUACUGGAAAGGAGUGGAGGAGUACAAGAAGGUUGCCGAGGUCGGAUCUUAGAUUGAAGUUGAGGAUCACUGAUGUGCGAUUGCAUACAGUGCGAUUGCAUACAGUACGAUUGCAUACAGUGCGAUUGCAUACAGUCUUUUGUUUCAAGCUAAUUCAAGGUUUGUGACGCGGUUCCAAGCACUGUCUUGGCAACUUGCACAUAUCUUGGUGGCACAGCAUAUGUGCAGCCAGUUUCCUUAGGACACGUUCAGCAGUCAAUUAGGAGGCACUGGCUCUUGCAAGCGUGUUUCUUUAGCUGCUACGUUUCCAUGAUGGGACCAUUGAUGACCGUUGGAAUCAUCCAGUGUCAGACAGAAAAAAUAAACUGCGCAUAGCUGCAAGAAGCAGA